ACUUUGAUGAACAAACAGCCGAUGACUGGGAUGUUGACAUGAGUGUUUACUAUGAUAAAGAUGGAGGUGAUAUGGAUGCUCGAGAUUACGUCACAAUGCGGUAUGAAAAGAGGCUGAGGGAGGGUCAUGAAGAUGGAUCGGGGCACAAUCAGUCUAUUGGCCGCUUUGAGAGGUUCACUAAGGGCUUUGGGCGUCGUGUGAUGGAGAAACAUGGAUGGAGGGAAGGUGAAGGCCUGGGAAACAGCCAGAUUGGAAUUUCUGAAGCGCUUGAGAAUGAGGGGCAACAUCCCAACUGUAAAAGAGGCUUUGGGUAUCAUGGAGAAAAAUUGGUCUUACAUCCUAUAAAAAAGGCCAGAACAGAUUAUCAUAUAACUACAGUGUAUGAUAAACCCAAAGACAUAGACAGAGGCGAUACCUUGCUGAGACGGCAGCCGAACACAAGUAUGAAGUACAGAGGGUGGCAACCAGGUGGCAGCAUUGGCCCACAAAGAUCACAAAGAUGACUUUAAUAAAAUUUAAUUA